UAUCCAGCCUUAUCCAUAUUUGACCGCAUGUUGCCAGCGUUGCCAUGCGUACUGUGCACUUCCCUGCAUUGGUUCCCACCGCUCCGGGAUCUUUUUAGUUAUUUCUUUAUUAGUCUAUUAGUCAAGCGAUCCCCCAGCUUGUUUGCUAGGACACAGCAGAUCCCACCAAAUUAGACGGCUUCACUGCGGCCUCAACGUCUUGUGUGAGAACCUGUGCACUGUACUACCGGCGUUAUGCUCUACCGUUUGUUUUUCCGUACUGCUACUUUUUCCCCCUGAAAUUCGAAGGUUAAUUGAACGUCCGUUCCUCUGCGGGUUCUAUUGUAGGGAAUCGAGACAUUUCAAAGUUAAAGACGAUUCUCCUUUGUUGCUUGCCCGAUUUCUUCUCGCUUGAAUGAUGUUCACGAAGCGAGCAGUACAUGCCGUUUGCCGGCAUCUGUUGAACAUGAACACUCCAAGGUUAAAAAACUGGCAGCCCAUCGUCUGCAUGUCAAAUCAUCACGGUGACAUUUCAUCGCUGUCAAGGCUAGGAUCACUCUCUGUUCGAGAAAAGGAUGCAGAUAUCCUUAGUGAAGAAUUGCAGAAAGCAAAGACUACGGACAAAGUGUUUGACAUUAUAGCCCAGCAUCACGCUGUCAUGAACAACAGCCAGAUUCUUACAGCAUUCAACUCUCUUUAUGAUGUCUUGACACAAAAUUCGGAGGACAUGGGACAAGUGAUGAGCCAUUCAAGUUUCAGAGAACUGUGUAACAGGGCACUGAAGCGAAUGAGAUUCUAUAGCACAGAAGAUGUGCUCACGCUCUUGAAGAUUACCACCAGGCUUGGAAUUCCAGCUAACACACUGCUUGUGCAGGCAAUCUGCCAAAUGCUCAGGCAUAGCAUCAAUUCAUUUUCACUGCAGGACCUAAUAUUUUUGGACCACGUGCUUUCAAGCCAGAAAGCAAGGUCUUCUCUCACAGAAGCACUGAUGAUGGCAAUACCACUGGUGUUUCAGACUCAGGCACCCAUACAGCUUGACUUCAGCAAUGCUGAUGAUGUUUGUCAGUGCUUUGCAUUUGCUGUUCGGAAGAGCGUAGAUGUCGCACUAAUUGAGAAAUUGGCAGUCACUCUUCUGUCACACAUGCAAAGCUUGAAUGCUGAACAAGCAAGCACACUUCUUCUCUGCCUUGCAUCCAGCAGCAAGGCAUUUCUCCAUCUUUCUAUUCCUGGAGUCAAGGAGGUGAUGGACAUGGCGCAGCUGACUGUUGCUGCUAAUGUGCAAAAGUUUCCACCGAAAGCCAUCCGUGCAUACCUCACAGCAUUUCGUAGAGGCUUUUACAUGAAAGGUGUGAUGAAAGCCAUUGUCAAGAGGUGCUUGGCAGAAACAUGGGAGCUGUGGGAGUUGUCCUUGCUGCUGGAAAGCUGUGUCAGGUGUGAACACAUGAAUCCGGAGCUGAGUGAAAUGGUUGCAGAACGAAUACUGAAGGAUCCACAGAGCAUGCAAGAUGACACGCGAGUGUCGGUGCUAGCGAUGACAGAUGCUAUUGCUGCAGUUCCCAAGAGAAAUCAGCUGUUUAAAGAAGCAGCGCACGUGUUAGCAAACUGUAGAGAGAAGUUUGAGUUGUUGAAGCUUGGUGCACCUCAUCAUUUUGUGAAGGCAGCUGUUGGCUUGACAUCGUUACAGUGCUUUCCAAAAGAGAUAUUCGAUGCAGCAUUUGCGGAAGAGUUUAUAACGGCAUCAAAGUUUAAAGUACCGCAGAGGCACAAGGCAGAUUUGUUGAAGUACCUGUUGCAACUGGAACAAGGAGUCUCGAUUGAACUGAAGAGUUAUGAAGGAAAAUGCUUGCCGGAUAAUGUCAGAAUGGAAGCAAUGAAACUGUUGGCGUCAGAGUCAAAAAUUUUCCUGCCUCUGAAAAGGAGCCUUGAACAUGGAAUUGGAGGCUCCCAGUUUCUAAAGCCAGGGCUGUGGACAAAGCAUGGCUACUUUAUUGAUUUCGUUGUUGUUUUGCGAAAAGGAGAGUAUCCAGUUGCCAUAAACAAUUGCCCCAUGGAAGAAGGCAAAAUGGACAUGACAGGUUUUUCUUUCAUUGAAGACUUGGUUACACCAGAGGACUCAAAAGUGCUUACAGUCAUCACUGCUGAUGUCAAUUCCUUCUGGAGAGAUAGCACGAUUCUGAAAGGUCACGUAGCUACACGACUGCAUCGUCUGUCAUUGCUUGGAUACUUUCCCAUGCUGGUGAAUGUUGAACAAUGGAAAGCAUUACUGGACCAUGAGAAAAUUCCGUUCCUCAUGCGAGAAAUGAAGUCAGCAAUAAGUGACACCACAUUGUACCAAGCAGUGCAACUGUAACAUUUAGUCAUUUGGUUUCCAUGUGAAAACAUAGAGAGGCAAGUAAAAUGUAUAGUAAAUCAUA